ACACCUCCACGGCCGACAAGUACUAUGCCAUGAACCUUAAUUCUAGGCAGGCCGUGGAGCACCGCCGGUUGUUCGAGCAGGCGCUGUUCGGCGAGGAGGGGUCGCCGGAGAUGGCGGCCGGCUCGGAGGCAGGGACCAAACGAAAGGCCAAGACUCAGCGCAGCCGGAGCGGGAAGCGCGCCGGGGCGAAGGAGGCCUCGCCGUCCGGGUCGACAUCGAGCAGCAGCUCCGAGGAAGAGGAGAAGGUCCCUUUCCAGGAGUCUGGGGUGUCCACCCUCGACUCUCCAUCGAGCUUGGAAACCUACCCCACCCACCUGGAAAGCCCGGACCGAUCGCCAUCGUCCUCCUCUUCCUCGGUCGUGCCUCCGUCGACCCGGGGCUCUCCGGAAGCGGGCUCUCCGGAGCUGACCGCCCGGGACUCCGAGCUGGACGUCCUCCCGCCAGCCGUCCCCGACCAGGACGUCACCCUGCCCGCCUUCCCCGAUCAGGACGUCACCCUGCCCGCCGUCCCCGACCAGGACGUCACCCUGCCCGCCGUCCCCGACCAGGACGUCCCCCUGCCCGCCGUCCCCGACCAGGACGUCCCCCUGCCCGCCGCAGCCACGCCGGAGCGGUCCAAGCGAUGUGCCAGGAUCACCAGGAGGAAAGCCGUGGUGAUCCUGUCACCUCUCAGAGUCAUCACCAGUCCAAGGAGGAUCAAUAAACAGUAUAGGCUCUCGGGCCUCGCCCGCGCCAGUCGGGCGCGAGCAAAGGUCCGGCGGGCUAUUGAGGAUCAAAAGAGGAAGUAGCCCGUGUUCAAAAGGGACUUCCUCGCCGUGUGUUUUUGCUUUUAUCAUGUG